GCACUCCAACAUACCCUCUUGCAUCGCAAGGCAGCGUAGUACUGCUCAUCCUAGACCUAGCUAUGCCGUCGACAUCUGAAGCCGUAAAUAAUGGCCAUGCGCCGGACCUUUCGCCAGUCGAAAGUUUUUCCUCGUCGACCAACAGAUUUAGUACAAGAGCCGUGCUGUGGAAGCUCUACUUGUCACACACUCUCAGCACGUGGAACGCCCGCACGUUUGAGUUCAGCGCCGUCAUUUUCCUAGGCAGCAUCUUCCCGAACACCCUUUUCUACGCCUCGUGCUACGCUCUGUUCCGCUCGCUCACCGCCUUUCUUCUGUCCCCCACGGUCGGCCACCAAGUUGACAGCAGAGAACGCCUUGGCGUAGUGCGCCACUCAAUCAUCUGGCAGCGCGUCUCUGUCGCGGGUUCCUGCGGCAUACUGUUGCUGCUGCUGAGAUCGGCGCCGGAGACUUGGACGAAGGUGGCCUGGUUUUCGAUCUGCGUGGUGCUGGCCGGGGUAGAGAAACUGGCGUUUGUGGGCAAUACGGUGGCGGUUGAGAGGGACUGGGUGGUCGUUGUUGCGGAGGGGUUGGGCGUGCCGAGGGAAGACUUGAAUAGUAAGAUGAGGAGGAUUGAUUUGGUGUGUAAGUUGGUUGCGCCGUUUGGGAUUUCGCUGGUCGAUGGGUACUCCACUGAGGUCGCGAUAUGGGCAGUCCUAGGUCAGAACACGUUGAGCAUAGUCUUUGAAUACUUUGCCAUCGCGCAGGUCUAUCAUGCUGUCCCAGGCCUCGCAAGCAGAAAAUCUUCAACUGCUCCCAUUAAUAUCGAAGGCCGCGACAUGGCAACCCCAAACUCUCGUGGACUUUCUGCCGCCAUCCAGCAAUGGAUAGAUUACUUCAUGAACCCAGCCUGCCUCGCAUCUUUCUCCCUUGCCUUGCUCUACUUCACAGUCCUCGGGUUCGGCUCCCAACUGACGACCUACCUCCUCACACUGGGCUUCACCUCGACGCAUAUCGCCGGUAUGCGUCUCAUCUCCGUCAUCCUCGAGCUCAGCGCAACCUGUGCUGCGCCUCUCCUGAUGCGGCGCAUCGGCGCCGUCCGCGCAGGCCUAUGGUUCAUCAACUACCAGCUCAUCACGGUCAUCCUCGCCAUCUCCCUCUUCACGUUGUCCACUCCCUCAACCCAAACCGCCGGCCUCGCUCUCGUCGCAGGGGUCGCCCUCUCCCGCCUCGGACUCUGGGGCUUCGACCUCUGCGUGCAGUACCUCGUCCAAGAAGACGCGCCCGAAGCGACCCGCGGCUCUUUCUCCUCCAUCGAAGCCUCGCUGCAGAACCUGUUCGAGCUGUGCAGCUUUGCGACGACGAUGGUGUGGGCGCGGCCGGAUCAGUUUCGCUUCCCGGUGUGGGUGAGCGGGGGUGUACUCGCGGUAAGUGCGGCGUGUUUUGCGGCGUUUGUUCGGGGGAAGAGGGGACACUUGUUGCAUUCGAGUCGCUGCUUGGAAAAGAGGAGCGGGAGGUAUAAAGUAUUGCCUACGAUUGAGGAGGAGAGCGAGCUCGAGCCGGAGAAUGUUAGGCAGGCGUGACAUCUGGUUGCGUGUUAGCAGAAAGAAUAGAAACGUAAC